AUGUUGUCACAGCUGCCUCAAGGAAUAGGCUCUCCUAGUGUGUAUCACGCGGUUAUCGUCAUCUUUUUGGAAUUUUUUGCUUGGGGAUUAUUGACGGCACCCACGCUGGUGGUGUUACAUGAGACCUUCCCGAAACACACAUUCCUGAUGAACGGCCUCAUUCAAGGAGUAAAGGGUUUGCUGUCGUUCCUCAGUGCCCCCCUUAUUGGUGCUCUCUCUGACGUCUGGGGCCGGAAGUCCUUCUUGCUGCUAACAGUGUUUUUCACGUGCGCCCCCAUCCCGCUGAUGAAGAUCAGCCCAUGGUGGUACUUUGCUGUCAUCUCUGUUUCUGGGGUUUUUGCAGUGACUUUCUCCGUGGUGUUCGCAUACGUGGCGGACAUAACCCAAGAACAUGAAAGAAGCAUGGCCUACGGGCAGGUGUCGGCAACAUUUGCCGCGAGCUUGGUGAUCAGCCCAGCCAUCGGAGCGUACCUUGGACGCGUGUACGGGGACAGCCUGGUGGUGGUCCUGGCGACAGCGAUCGCGCUGCUGGACAUUUGCUUCAUCCUUGUGGCUGUGCCCGAGUCUCUGCCCGAGAAGAUGCGGCCGGCGUCCUGGGGGGCGCCCAUCUCCUGGGAGCAGGCUGACCCCUUCGCGUCCUUGAAGAAGGUGGGCCAGGACUCCAUCGUGCUGCUCAUCUGCAUCACGGUGUUCCUCUCCUACCUCCCGGAGGCGGGCCAGUACUCCAGCUUCUUCCUGUACCUCAGACAGAUAAUGAAGUUUUCACCAGAAAGUGUGGCCGCCUUUAUAGCAGUUCUCGGCAUUCUCUCCAUUAUUGCCCAGACCAUAGUCUUGAGUUUACUUAUGAGAUCAAUUGGAAAUAAGAACACCAUCUUAUUGGGCCUGGGAUUUCAAAUACUGCAGCUGGCGUGGUAUGGCUUCGGUUCAGAACCUUGGAUGAUGUGGGCUGCGGGGGCCGUGGCCGCCAUGUCCAGCAUCACCUUUCCCGCCGUCAGUGCGCUCGUGUCCCGAACUGCUGACGCCGAUCAACAAGGUGUCGUCCAGGGAAUGAUAACAGGAAUUCGAGGGCUGUGCAACGGUCUCGGACCAGCUCUGUACGGGUUCAUUUUCUAUAUAUUCCACGUGGAACUGAAAGAGUUGCCGAUGACAGGAGCGGACUUGGGUACAAACACCAGCCCACAGCACCACUUUGAACAGAAUUCCAUCAUCCCGGGCCCCCCCUUUCUCUUUGGAGCCUGUUCGGUGCUGCUGGCUCUGCUGGUGGCCUUGUUCAUCCCAGAACACACCAACCUGAGCUUGCGGUCCAGCAGCUGGAGGAAGCACUGUGGUGGCCACAGCCAUCCACACAGCACACAGGCACCAGGAGAGGCCAAAGAACCCUUACUCCAGGACACGAACGUGUGACAUGUGGUGGCCGCAGUUGCACCUGUGGGACUGAUGUACAUUCCACUUCCGUCUGUGACACGCUUUGAGGGUGUCUAAGAAACGUAUCUGCAUGGACUCCUGGGAACUCGAGAACGAACUGGACGGUUUUCCAAAGAUGUUACAAUUUCUUUUGAAAAGAAACCUUUUGUUUAUUAGCACCACUUUCUUGCCACUAAGCUGUUUGUUUUAUUAUAUACACCCUUCCAUUAAAAGCUCUAUAUGUGACUUCUUAGAUACUAGCAGCGUCUCUGCUGUCAUUUCUCCAGGGUUGAGCUUUAGCUGUUUGUGCCAACUCGCAGCACAGAUCAGGAAGUGUGGCUGUGGACCUGUUCGUUUCUAACUGUAAAGCCCUGAGUCAGGUGGUUCUAUUGCAAAACCAUGGGUCAAAUAAUUCAAAGCCUUAAUGCAGAUGCACUAAAGAAAGGUAGAGGAAUUGUUUGCAUUAAACGAAACUUAAGAAAAGUGUACUAAAUCUGAAUCACGUUUCAGGCCUGUUUUGUGUGAUUUCAUUUUAAACAUCCUUCACUGGUUUUAAAUAAAAUCUCAGCCAUGUAGUUCAUUCAGUUGCGUGUUUUGAGCCUGUAAUCUACAUGUUGGCUCAAAGCUGUCCUCAGCUGCUUACACCACUAUCCUUUCCUGUCUGCAUAAUCAUAACCUCAACACUUGAACACAUAACCUAAAAUAUAUAGUAAAGCUGGUAGCCUUGAAAUGUCAACGUGAUACCUAUACGUAGAUAAGUAUAUAUAGUGGCCUUUCAGGACUGUCACAGUAACACUUUAUUUACAGAGCUAACGUUUGUCCUAAAUUUUCAGGACCCUAGAGGAGAGCUUUAUACAAUUACUGAUGUGAAUUUCUCUAAAGUGUAUAUUUUUGUGUCCAGUUAUAUUAUUUAAAAAAGUGUUACUUUGUAAAAAUUGUACAUAAAGUAUUGUAUAGUUUACACUGUUUUCAUCUUGUGUGUGAUUAUUGCUUAAUGCUUUUUAAACUUGGAACAUUCACUUAUGGUUCAAUAAGGUCUUAAGAGAAAUGUAAAUAUUCUGUUAAUAAAAUUAAAUAUUUUAAUGAUUUUUUUUUAAA